AUGUCAAAGCUCAUCAAAAGAGAAAACGGAACAAUUGUGCACAAAUCCCCAUGGGAUUUUGACGUAACAAAAAUACCAGAAAGCAAUCUUGUUGACUUCAUUUUUAGUACUCCCGGAUAUCAAGAAAAUUUGGCUGAUCCAAACCACCAGCUAUAUAUCGAUGGUACUGAUUCGACUCAUUACCUAACAGUUAAACAGCAUCAGGAUUUAGUAGGGCGCAUAGCUUAUCUUUUGAAAAACAAGUUUUCUAUCAACGUUGGUGAUACUGUGUGCUUGUUUCUUACCAACUCAAUUUAUCUUCCUUCAAUACAUCUCGGAAUUCUUUCUGCAGGUGCAGUUAUAUCGCCAGCAAACAUUGCUUACCUCCCUAAAGAACUUCAUCAUCAACUUAACAUCACAAAGGCCAAAAUAAUUAUCAGUCUUGAAAGUCUUCUUCCAAUUGCGGAAAAAGCUGUGAAUGAUUUGAGUCCAGUUGAAGUUCAAAACAUAAUUCCAUUUAAGGACUUUAUUUCUCUUAUUAAAGAUGAAAGAAUUCCUCCAAGUCCCCCUAUCAAGUUUACUGGAGAGGAAUCUCAACAUCGUCAUGCUUACUACUGUUUUUCAUCUGGCACUUCUGGAGUUCCCAAAGGAGUAAUAACCUCUCAUUACAAUAUUGUUUCAAAUAUCACCCAGCACCAAAUUUCAGUUCGUGGAAAGAUCUACAAGCCCAACAAUACCUAUUCUGCCAUUCUACCCAUGUCUCACAUUUAUGGCAUCUCUGUUUUUAUCUAUUCAAUUCCUAGCAUGUAUAAGACCAAAAUCAUUGUUUUUGAAAAAUUUCAUUUAGAAACUCUUCUUCAAAAAAUUGGUGAGCAUGGGAUUUCAUUUUUGCACGUUGUUCCGCCAAUGGCUGUUCUUUUAGCCAAGUCACCAGUUUUAGAAAAAUAUCUCUCUUCCGUGAAAAAAAAUUUAAAAGGGUUAAUUACAGGUGCAGCACCUUUGUCAAAAUCAUUAAUAGAUGAAAUUUCUGUUAGGUUGGACAAUGGCAUUGAGAUUACCCAGUCAUAUGGCUUGACUGAAACUAGUCCCACAACUACUUUUGCUUCAUAUACUGAGAGUGGUACUGAGUAUGAUGUUGAGUCAUGUGGCUGGCUUCUUCCUGGUCUCGAGGCUCGUCUUGUGGACGAGAAUGGUAAAGAUAUUGAAGACUUUGGAUUUGAAAAUCGAGGUGAAGUAUGGUUUAGAGGACCAAAUGUUAUGAAGGGUUAUCUAAGAAAUCCAGAAGCAACUAAAGAUGCCUUUGAUGAUACUGGAGAAUGGCUUCGCACAGGUGACGUUGGUGUAGUUACAAAAGAUGGGCAAUGGUAUAUUGUUGAUCGGUUCAAAGAGCUUAUAAAGUCGAAAAGCCACCAAGUAGCACCUACUGAGCUUGAAGGAAUUCUUCUCAAACAUCAUGAGGUGGCAGAUGCAGCAGUUGCAGGUAUUUAUUUGCCUGAUAAAGGGACCGAGCUUCCAAGAGCCUUUAUUGUUCCCGCUUCUAAUUCAAUUGAUCCUCUUGCUAUCAAAGCCUGGUUCGAUGAUCAAGUUGCUCGAUACAAACAACUUUGGGGGGGUGUUGUUGUUGUUGAAAAAAUUCCCAAAUCACCCUCUGGAAAAAUUUUGAGACGACUUUUGCAGCAAAGAAAAAACGACGAAGUGUUUGGUUAUCUUGCUGGAUCAAUUAAAACCUCUCAAAAGUUGUAA